AAAUAGACCCAAAAAAAAAAAAGUAUAAUUUAAUCCUUAAAAGUCUCAGCUUUAUCUGUAGUUUCCUUGUAUAAAUGUAUGUAUGAUCUCUCACUCUCUCUUUUACCGGUUCAUGCAUGAUCACUUAACUCAAUGCCCAACUAGCCCACUUAAAGAAACUGUCUUUUUUGCUUAAACAAACACAAAUAGCUCAAACACCAAAUAGUUGAGUUGGGUUUGAAAUGGGGACUCUUGCGGCGGCGCUCUUCUUCUCUGUGGUUAUGGUGGCCGGAGUUGCAGUGACCCAAUCCAAGUUUAUGGUAUACAACACCUCUCACUCCAUUGUCCCUGGCAAACUUAACGUCCAUUUGGUUCCUCACACCCACGACGAUGUUGGCUGGUUGAAGACCGUUGACCAAUACUAUGUUGGUUCCAACAAUUCCAUCCAGGGGGCUUGCGUGCAAAAUGUGUUGGACUCUUUAAUCCCAGCAUUGUUGGCUGACAAGAAUCGCAAAUUUAUAUAUGUUGAGCAGGCAUUCUUUCAGCGAUGGUGGAGAGAUCAGAGUGAGGCAAUGCAGCUUGUGGUAAAGCAGCUUGUCAACUCGGGGCAACUUGAGUUCAUAAAUGGGGCCAUGUGUAUGCAUGAUGAGGCAGCCACCCAUUAUAUUGACAUGAUUGAUCAGACAACUCUUGGGCAUCAAUUCAUUAAGGAGGAGUUUAAUGUGACCCCCAGAAUUGGUUGGCAGAUUGACCCCUUUGGACAUUCUGCAGUGCAGGCUUACUUGUUGGGAGCUGAAGUUGGAUUCGACUCGUUUUUCUAUGGUCGGAUAGAUUAUCAAGAUAGAGCCAAACGCAAAGGUGAAAAGAGUCUUGAAGUUGUCUGGCGUGGUUCUAAGAGUCUUGGUUCAUCCUCUCAGAUUUUUGCUGGUGCAUUUCCUGAGAACUAUGAACCUCCAUCUGGUUUCUAUUUUGAGGUCAAUGAUGCUUCGGCAGUAGUUCAGGAUGACCCUGAAUUGUUUGAUUACAAUGUUCAAGUGCGAGUAAAUGACUUUAUCGCUGCUGCAGUCGCACAGGCUAACAUAACUCGGACAAAUCACAUAAUGUGGACUAUGGGCACAGAUUUUAAGUAUCAGUAUGCUUACACAUGGUUCAGGCAGAUGGACAAGCUUAUUCAUUAUGUGAACUUGGAUGGUCGUGUUAAUGCAUUAUAUUCUUCUCCAUCCAUAUAUACUGAUGCAAAAUAUGCUACUGAUGAAUCUUGGCCGCUCAAGACUGAUGAUUUCUUUCCUUAUGCCGAUCGUGAGAAUGGUUACUGGACAGGGUACUUUACCAGCAGGCCAUCCGUGAAACGUUACGUUAGAAUAAUGAGUGGCUAUUAUCUGGCUGCCAGGCAACUAGAGUUUUUCAAAGGGAGAAAUAAAUUAAUCAAUACAGAUUCAUUAGGAGAUGCCUUAGCGAUUGCUCAACAUCAUGAUGCAGUCACUGGCACAGAAAAGCAGCAUGUGGCUAAUGAUUAUGUGAAACGACUUUUUAUAGGCUACAAGAAGGCUGAGCAAUUAGUUUCAUCUUCACUUGCUUGCUUAGUUGACCAUGCAGAUGGAUGUGAGAAACCUACUACAAAGUUUCAACAGUGCCCACUUUUAAAUGUAAGCUACUGUCCUGCAUCAGAAGCUCAUCUGUCUCAAGGAAAAAGUUUGGUUGUUGUGAUCUACAACUCUCUUGGAUGGAAAAGAGAAGAUGUGAUUCGAAUUCCUGUGAUUAAUAAAGAUGUCAUAGUUCAUGAUUCUGAAGGAAAAGAAAUUGAAUCACAACUUGUUCCACUUGUUGAUGCCCAUGUGAGCUUAAGGAACUACCAUGUUAAGGCAUAUUUAGGCCAAACUCCAACUCAGACACCAAAGUAUUGGCUUGCAUUUGCAGUAUCCAUUCCACCACUUGGUUUCAGAAGCUACACAAUCUCAAGCGCAAAAAAGCCAGGUUCUAGCUCAACUAGAUCAUCAGUACGCACAUUUCACACUAGUGGGAAAUCUACUGUUGAAGUUGGCCAAGGAAAUUUGAAGCUUACUUUUUCGUCAAAUCAAGACAAACUUACUAAUUAUGUUAACAAAAGAAACUCGGUUGAGGAGACAUUGGGGCAAUCUUAUGGAUUUUACACUGGAUACGACGGGACCAAGGAUAAAGCUCCCCAGAACUCUGGGGCAUAUAUCUUUCGUCCAAAUGGCACAUUUCUCAUAAAACCAGAAGAGGCCUCUUCCACCAUAGUUCGUGGGCCAAUAAUAGAUGAAGUGCAUCAGAAGGUCAAUUCAUGGAUAUAUCAGAUCACCAGGCUUCACAAGGGGAAAGAACAUGUUGAAGUUGAAUACAUUGUUGGACCUAUACCCAUUAAUGAUGGAACAGGCAAAGAAGUUGCAACUCAAAUAACAUCUACUGUGAAUAACAACAAAACAUUCUACACCGAUUCUAAUGGACGCGAUUUUAUUAAACGGAUUCGUGACUACAGAGCAGAUUGGGACCUUAAAGUGAACCAACCCGUUGCUGGAAAUUAUUAUCCAAUUAAUCUCGGAAUUUACAUGCAAGAUGAUAAAAAAGAAUUUUCAGUUUUGGUAGAUCGAUCUGUCGGGGGAUCCAGUAUAGUGGAUGGACAAAUCGAGCUGAUGCUCCACAGGAGACUACUUUUAGAUGACUCCAGAGGUGUUGCUGAGGCUCUAAAUGAGACAGUGUGUGUCCUCGACGAUUGCAAAGGACUAAUUAUCCAAGGAAAAGUAUAUUACAGAAUCGACCCCCUCGGAGAAGGUGCUAAGUGGCGUCGUUCUUUUGGGCAAGAAAUAUAUUCUCCACUUCUAUUUGCCUUUUCUGAGCAGGAUAGUGAUGACGGUAUUAAAUCUCAUAGAGCAACUUUUUCUGGGGUUGAGUCCUCCUACAGUUUACCUGACAAUGUUGCUAUAAUUACUCUUCAGGAACUCGAGGGCGGGAAAGUGCUUCUUCGGUUGGCGCAUCUAUAUGAGAUUGGAGAAGACGCGGAUCUAUCUGAAAAGUCGAAUGUGGAGUUGAAGAAGCUAUUUCCAGGAAAGAAGAUAAGCAAAUUGACAGAGAUGAGCUUAUCUGCGAACCAAAAGAGAACAGAAAUGGAGAAGAAGAGACUGGUGUGGAAAGUCGAAGGUCCUUCCUCGAAAAACAACGAUGAUUCCAAGCUCGAAAGGGGCCGACCGGUUGAUCCUUCAGCACUAGUUGUGGAACUUGCCCCAAUGGAAAUUCGCACCUUUGUUGUCAACUUUGUCCCAAACAUGGUAUCAAGUAUUUGAUGCAGUGAGAGCUUCUUGAAUGUUUUGACAGGCCUCUAGUUCUUGUUACCAAACACAUACCUCUUUGAGCUUCACUCGUUACUUUUUUUUAAAAAAACUUUGUAUAGUAACUAAAUAAAACUGAUCUCAUUGUGUCUUUAUGACUAUUGGCAAUGAAUUCUAUGCAAAUGGGAAUUGGUUUGGAUGAAAAAAGUUUGAUGCUAGAUAUUUCACGACCA